AAGAAGAAGCAUGAGCAGCAGCUGGUAGACAGCUGCAUUCUGCCUCCUGCUGGGCCACUGGCUGCAAGGUGCUUCCUGUGGAAUGGAAAAGUCCUUCUGGUGCCCGCACCUCUUGGUGAAGAUGGGUAAGGAACUGACAGCACAGGUCCCUGGGGUUGAGGAGGCUGGAGCUAUUGCUGGAUGGGCUACUGUUGGCACUGCUCAAUGCCAUAUGGCAGAAGGGGUCCACCUUGAUAUGGCCAGGAGAAAGGGAGCCCUCAGCAGCCCUAUGCCAGCAGUUCUGUGGAAGGAUGGAGCAUCCAGGACUGCUGUGCUGACAGGUGCUGGUGAGGAGCAUGUUUCAUGCACAGGAGCAGGGGAGGGUUUAUUGUCUGUGAUCCUCACCCCUUGGGGUGGUGGUUUCUGCUCUGCUUUCCCAGAGAAGCGACAACAUGGUAUCAGGGCUGUAAUUCACAGCUUCUUGAGACUUCCCUGCUUGUAUUUGCAGUGGAGGUUAGAACUUUGAAAGAAGAAUAAGAGCACAGCAGUUGUGUUCAAACAAAAACACUUGCCAGAAACAUAGCCAGCAUGAGUAAGUGUCAAGCAAUUUCCAGCAGUCUGUUUUACACAGGCUGACUGUGCAAGGUGAGAGUGGGAGUUUUCCAGGGGCUGAAGUUUGGCUUGGGGUCUGCUUGAGAUGUACCCAUGUCAGGAAAACUGGCAGGAAUUUGUAUUUUGUCUGUGCACGUGCUGUACUCUUUACUCAGCUGCUUGGCGGUCACUGACUCAAAAGGAUGCCUGUCUGUGCUUUGGUUUCUAUAAAUUUCAGGGACUGUUUUUGCCAGCUCUAUCUUUCUAUGUGAGCAAGGCACAGCAAACUCCUGGCUACUGUGUUUUGUUUGGGAGAUACUGGCACUUUACUUGACGUGUUGCACUGACAAGCAGUGCCUAAAAGCAACCACGUAGCCAAAAUAAACUGGUAUGAUGUGAAUUCUCCAUGUUAGGUAUUGGGAGAGUCAUGGGCUAAUCAGACUUGGGAAAUGAGUUGUGGGCAGAGUUUUGUGUACCAAGCAACUCAUAAACAAGUCAUGCUGCUAUUAGUGAGAUGUGUCAUCUUCAAAAUUCUAGGCUAGCUUUAAGUUUCUUCAGGGUCCUUUUGUAGAAGAUGCUAUUCCUGUGGUACGUGUUAUCCUUAAAGAUCCCUGAACAUUUUUUUUUUAUCACUUGUGUGUUGGUAUGGGUUUCUUACCUCUUCAGGCUCUGCUUCCUGAAAUGUCUGCUGCAGGAUAGCAAUGGGUUUAGUCCUUGUAUUUGUUCUAGAAAAGAGCUCCCAGAAAGUACAGGCUGGGCAUCAUUAAAUAACAUGUGAUAUUAGACUUGACAUCCAUGGCGUGUACCCUGUAGCAGGACAGAGGCAGCACAGAGCUCCUUUUGUGCCAACUGUGCUCUGCAGACCCAGGGUGUGUGCUGUUCAUCAUGGAGACAUCAUUAUAGUUGGGGCUUCUGUUCUUUUGUUGCAUUUCAAAUACCCAAUAUGCACAGAAGUGUUCCCACACUUUAUUUUCAGGCAUCUGACAGACAAGCUGCAGGGUUGAGUUGUCAUUUGUGGGGCAGUGUAAGGCCUGUGAAGUUUAUCCAGUUCUCUUAAACUACUGCUGCUUAGAAAAUGACAGUCUAAUUGUAGCUUGUGCUUUGGCUCUUAGGGACAUGAGAUGCAGCACCAGUAGGCAAAGUUGAAACUAAAUUAUCUGCUCUUCUGUGGUACAGGGAAAUGCAAAGGUAGAUGUGGUCUGUGCAGCAGGCUCAGCCCAGCUGUGUAGAGGUGUGCUGCAGCAGAAGCCACUUAAAUUCCUGGAGGCAGGAGGUAUGUCUUGACUCCGCUCCCAACCUUCAGUAGCACAAAAGCACUUCCUCUCUGCAAUCUGAGUGAAAUGGGGUACUAUUUUCUAGGCUUUACACCAAAAAAGCAAUUUGUAUUUGGGACCCAACCCAAAGUAACCCUUGAAGCCUUGUUUACUUCAUAGCUGAAAUACUACCUUGGAAUUCAGCGCUUCUUUUUGCUUAAUCUAGGGCUACUCAGGCAUCUGAUUCUGCUGUUAGAGACCAGUGGAAAGCUGAUGGGAGCAGGGUACCUCUGAAACCUGUAGAUGUUACAGCCUGUGUAGCCAAGGCUCUUUUAUCAUAGGUCCUGCCUCUUCCCACUACUUGCAUGUGUGUCACAGCGACCCCCUCUUCUGGUCAGCAGCCACAUGAGAUGACUGCUGUGGCUUUGCUGGUGCAGUAGACAGUGAGCAGAAGGGACUCUUGCUUGUUCUAAGCGACUGUGCCUGCACAGCUGCAGCUGAGGCUAAAGAAGGUUGAGAGCUGUCCACUGUGGUGAAGAUAAUGUAGGGUGUCCAAAAACCAUCUAGCUGUCUGCCUGCCAGUGUGAUGUCUGAGGUGAAGAACUCCUUGGUGGCCCAUGACAUGGCAUUUGAGAUGGUACAGGCUCCCUGGGACCCAGAACAGCAGAUUGAGCGUCCACGGCUCACCGAGAAGGUCCUGGACAUGGAGGACCAGGCUGCAUUCCGGCUCCACUCCACAAUGCCCAGAUACCUCUACUUUGCAACCAACCAAAAAAACAAGUGGGGCCACCAGCGUGGCUACAGAAUUCAAAUAAUCAGCUUUGCAGGGGAUCACGUUCCUGAAGCCAGCUCCAUGGAGAGGGCCAUCAGCUGGGCAAGGUACAAGCUGGCUGUCACCAGGCGGAAGGAGGAAGAACCCACCAGCACCAGUGUCUACAACCAGAAUGACCCUUGGACCCCCACUGUCACUUUUGCUGACUUCAUCAACAAUGAAACUAUCACCAAUGAGGACCUGGUGGCCUGGAUAACUGCUGGUUUCCUCCAUAUCCCUCAUUCAGAAGAUAUUCCCAACACCUUGACGGUGGGAAAUUCAGUUGGUUUUCUCCUGAGACCCUACAACUACUACAACUUGGACCCCUCCAUUUACUCACCCGAUGGCGUGUUUUUCACCAGCGAGCAGAACUUCAUGGCGUGUGAGGUUAACCCCAUCACCUGCCUGUCCCAAACUGCCUCCUGCUUGCCAAGCCUCCCCCCAUUCACCUAUGAUGGAUUCCAAAAUAUCAGCAGGCUUUAAAGGUCCAGGAGACAGGGUCAGAGCCUGACUGAUCGCCCAUGGAUAUUCAUUUCUUUUACUGACGUUUUCUGUUUGCAGUCAUGUAACAACUUUACUUUUUAUUGUGGCUUUUAUAACGUAGUGAUCUGUAUGAAUGAAGCGUGCUGCCGAGCAGAGGUCUGCAGAGCCUCUGCUAACUGUUGCAUGCCAGGGAUAAAAGUGAGGAGAAAAUGCUCUUCCUCUGUUGUAGCAACAAACGCUGUGUAGUGCCAAUGUCAGGUUUAAAAAAAAAAAAAGAAAAAAAGAAAAAAAUCCAGUGCUA